GGCAGAGCGGCCACGACGCCGCCCGUCGCCGCCGAUCCCUUUCGACCGCUCGGGUCUCCCUGCUCCUUCGCCUUUCCUCCUGAAAUCCAGCGACCGAAUCCGAUCGCCUUGGCGCAGGCGUUCGAUGGGCAACCACUACCAGACGCUGGGUGUCCGGCAGGACGCCACCAAGGCUGAGGUCAAGGCUGCCUUCCGUCGCAGCGCGCUACGCGACCACCCUGACCGCCACGCCGGCUCCACCGACGCGGCCGCCCGUGCCGACGCCGCCAGCCGGUUUCGCCAGGCGUCCGACGCGUACUACGUCCUCUCCGACGACAGACGCCGCGCCGAGUACGACCUCCGUCUUCGCGGUUCCACGUCUUCCUACGCGCGCACCUCCUCCUCUGGUUGGGCCUCCUCGUCGGCUUCCUACGGGUACGGCCAUGGCGGCGGUUCGUGGCGACGGACUCCUCCGGGUGCAGGUGCCGGCGCCGGCGCCUCGGUGGGGUCAAUUGAUUGGGAAUUCUUACUGAAGGCGGUCACUCGGCGAGGGUUCCUUAUCAAUCUGGGAUUAGCCAGUGUAUUGCUAUCUGGGGCAACUUUUCUUGAUUGGACUAUUUUAGAAAUUUGGAAGAUGAAUAACACCGGGAAAUCAUUUGAGGAUGCGAUGGAGAAGGUCGGAAAGACGCAGGAGGUAGAUAGAGCUUGAAUCUUUUUCAUGGUACAUUAGUGUAUAUAUAUAUACACUAAUGUACAAACCUAUGUGCAUAUCGAUCGUUGUCCACAUCCUCCUGAUGUUACUUUGUAAUAUGUAUAGAUCUGAACAGUUUUUUCUAUCACGACUCACGAGCUUGUGCUUGAUCCAUAGAACCCCUGCUGUCGCCGUCGUAGAAACUGAACCAUGUAGGUUCUUCGACAGCGAAAGCUCAGGUUAUGCUCUGAUUCUUUUGCUGACGAAACGAAGUAACUGUUGAAUAAAUUGCUGUAAUUCAAGUACGCUUCGAGGCCAGCUACAUGGUCGCAG